GUUCCCUUCAACAAUCAGCAAUCAUACACUGAAGGAGAAAGGAAACUGGAGAAAGAACAGAAAACUUUUUUUUGGCACUUUUCUUCCUCUUCGGAGUGAAAUCCUACUUUGAUCCCUCAUGGAUACUCCACCUGUCGUCAACAAUAACCUCUCUGCUAAGCUGCCCGUGGAGACACCACACAGUGCAGCUGACCACGGUAACUCUAUUUCAGCAACUCAGCAGGUCGAAAUCGAAAUAUAUGAAAAGCUUAGAUCCUAUCCGUUCCACACAGAUAGCGAGUUUGCAAAGGGCCUUGCGAUUAUCCUCAGUCACCCGGAUAUCCCUGCAACUGAAACAGAGAUCGGCCGCAACGACGACCUUGUCUUACAAGCCAAAUGCUUCUAUUUUUCGAGAAAAGAGAAGCUCGCCCAAUCUGUGAACUUUGCAGCCUACAAGGCGUGGUUGCAUGCUGAAAAUUUGUCUGGAAAUCAGAACACCGGAGCCACGCCUCAGCAGCUUAAUGCUCCAGUAGCGGACACACAUAUUUCAAUGGAUCAUUCCAAACAGACAUCCAUACCUGUUCAGGAACCUACAUACCCUUCCUCCUUCGCCCAUAUCGUGGAGCUCAUCACGACUGGCCAACCAGUCCCUGGUAUUCAGCAGAUACCAGACACUAUAUUAACAGGCCAUGACACACCAAGCACUAAGCCUAGGAGGCGGAAGCCCUGGGAGAAGGACGAAGUUGGUGAAACUUCUUAGACCUAGAAUGGGCGGGGCAGGAUGGAAAUCUGGGGCAUGAGAACCGCUACCAUUGAUCCUAGGGCCCUUAAUAUUCUAGCGAGAAAUAGGCCACUUCGGCGAUCAUUAGUCCCCACCAUAGAAGUAGGUAUCUUUUAUGGAACUUAUGUCACAUGGCCUUGGGCACUGAUUAUAGACUCUUCUGGGUGUAAAAGAAUAACAUAACACUAGGAACUAA